AUGUCAAAGAAUUCACGUUCAUCUUCUUCAGCUGCUAAUUCAUCUCAACAAAAUUUACAUAGUCGUCUUAUGAGAACUCCUGUUUCAGAUAUCUCUAACAGAUCUUCUCUUUUAGAUAUCACAAAUGUUACUUCACCGAAUGAAAGGCGUAAGCUUCGAAAAUUAAUACUUGAUAAUAAGAAAUCAAAGAAUGCAUCGACAUCAUCAACAAAUGUUCGUAACAUCUUUUCUGACAAUGCAAAUUUGGUCGAAUGUGCUGAUACUACGGAUCAACAUAUGUACUCCAUUGCGUGUCGAGCAGUUAGAAAUGCUAUUGGUUCUUUAAUUUCAACUACACCAGGUACACCUCUAGAUAGCAACCGUCGAUAUUCCGUUACUUCUAGCAUUAUUAGCAGUAACAAUCAGCCGAUAUUGGGUAGUAACUCUACGCUUACACGGCUGUCUUCUGGUAAACGUAACCUCGAGCGCAAGAAGCGUGAUAAUACUUCUGUACCUAUGCUCUCUUUGGAUUCAGAUCAAGACAAUGUGUUCUUGUGCACUGAUGAAGAUCCUUAUAAAGGGAUAUCUAAAGGGAUUAACCUAUUUUAUUGUUUUAGGACAUUUGUUGUGUUACACCUCAAAAGAACCAAACCUUCAUCGCCUGGUGAUAAAGAACUUGAUGAUGAAAUGAUAGAAUAUUUGAGGGCUUUAUUAGAUUCACAAAAUAUGUUGGUUAAGACAUAUAGGAUGGUCAGAAACCAUUUUCACCAAUCUCCAGAUGCCAACCUUAGUCUGCGACUAAUUUAUAGAAGAGAAAAAGACGGCAGGACAUAUAACCUACCCACCACAUCUGAAGUUGCUGCUUUGGUUGUCGGAGACAUAGAUAAAGCUAUAGACCAUCGUCAUAUUGUUGUCGAGACUCAGUCGGGAAUGCUGCAGCAAAUUAGCGAAUUACACCCAUCGUAUCUUGCUCUGCAAUAUCCGUUACUUUUCCCAUAUGGUGAUGAUGGUUAUAGAGUUGAUAUUCCUCAUAGAGAUUUUAUGUCUACACAAAAGAAAAUAAAACCAAAGUGCACAAUGAGAGAAUUUUUUUCAUAUAGGAUCCAAGAUAGAACUUAUGGCUUUUCCUUAAUUUUAAAUGGGCGAAGGUUGUUACAACAGUUUUUGGUUGAUGCGUACACAAUGAUUGAGAGCGAAAGACUAAUGUACAUCCGUAGGCAACAAGCGAACCUUCGCUCUGAAACAUUUGAAAAUCUUCAAAAGUAUAAAUCUAAAGGUAAGGAAGUUUUAAUAGAUACUGGAAAGCCUGUUAUACUUCCUUCUUCAUUUACUGGUGGUGCAAGAUUCAUGCAACAAAAUUACCUUGAUGCAAUAGCCUUAUGUAAGUGGUAUGGGUAUCCUGAUUUCUUCAUAACUAUAACGUGUAAUUCUAAGUGGCCUGAAGUAAAAAGAUUUCUAAAAGAUUCAACCAUCAAAGCCGAAGACAGGCCUGACAUAUUGUGUCGAUUGUUUAAAAUGAAGCUUGACUCCUUACUCAAAGAUUUGAAGGAUUCUAAGUAUUUUGGUGAGAUUAACGCUGUUGUUUAUACAGUAGAAUUUCAAAAGUGUGCUCUUCCUCAUGCACAUAUAUGCUUAUUCAUGAAGGUCGAUCACAAACUUCCAACCAUAGAUCACAUAGAUCCAUUUAUUUCUGCUGAGAUUCCUGAUAAAAAAGAAGAUCCUGAACUUUAUUCUCUUGUGACUGAUUAUAUGAUUCAUGGUCCAAGAAGAGAUUCAGGUCAUACAGUUAUAAAAUCUGGUGUUAGAUUAGACAACAGAAAUGUUGUUCCUUAUAAGAAAAGGCUUUUGAAAAGAUAUCAAGCACACAUUAAUGUUGAAUGGUGUAAUCAAGUCGGUUCGGUGAAAUAUUUGUUCAAGUACAUUAACAAAGGUCCUGAUAUGGCUACUGCGGUAGUUUCUGGUGAUACGAGUUCAACCAUCAAAGAAAAGCCAAAAGACGAUAUCAAGGAGUAUUAUGAUUGUAGAUAUAUUUCAGCUUGUGAGGCAUCCUGGAGAAUAUUCUCUAAUGAGGUUCAUUAUAGGUAUCCUGCUGUUAUGAGGCCUCCCUUUCAUUUGCCCGGCCAACAGAAUGUUGUGUAUGGUGCGGAUGACGAUAUUGAUAAUGUUUUAAGCAAGCCUUUUGUUGCUUCUUCAAUAUUUGUGCAAUGGAUGAAGUUGAAUGAGACAAAUGAAGAUGCUAGAAAGCUGACUUAUGUUGCGUUUCCUUCCAAAUUUGUUUGGAUACUUAAAGAUAGAUGUUGGCAGAUACGUACGAUGUACCAGUGUGUUGGCCGGAUUCAUUCCGUAUCUCCUGCAUUGGGCGAACCUUAUUUUUUGAGGAUGCUACUCAAUAAAGUUAAGGGGCCUAGAUCAUUUGAGGAGAUACAUACAGUUAACGGUUAA